AUGUUUUUUAAUCUUAUAUUUCGUGUUGGCGGCCAGACUAGCGUCAACAGAAUCUUUCAAGAUGAAUUCUUUGAGUUUUCAAAAGAUAAAAAAAAGCAAUUGAUUAAUAAUCAAGAAUUCAUUGUGUAUAUUACCAAUACGAUUUAUUUUGUUCUUACCGGUUUCUGUUCAAAAGGUAGAAAAUGUGAAGAUGGAACUAUCGAUAAUAAGUAUCCAAUGGUAGAAUUAGAUAAUGGUGACUAUUUUUAUAGAACCGAUAAAAAUGUUGAAUUUUCAGAUAGUGUGUUGAUUAUUCAGAGAGAUUCAACAAAUGAUUAUGGUACUCAAUAUACCAUUGAUAGAGCUGAAGAGUUAAAAAAGAAAUUGAAAAUUGUGAAUGUUGAGAAAAGUAAUUUAUUGGAAGCAGAUCACCAAGUGAAAAUAGCUUGCAAAAAGUUUUUGAAUAAUAUUUAUGAUGAAAUUCUUCAAAAUAAUGAAUUUCUGGUUUAUGAUUCAAUCAGGAGGUUUUAUACUCUUGGUCCAGAAGGUUCUUUUUCGUAUUUUACUGCACAAGAAAUUUUUCAAAAAAUGCGUGAGAAAUGUGCUAAUGUUGAAAUGGUUCUUUUAAAGGAAAAGAGCAAAUUAAUUAAAAUUCUACCAAUAAUAAGAUCUGACAAGUGUCUGUUAGUUCCUACUAAAGUGAACGGAGUUAAUAUGUUCGAAUACAAUCAUUUAUUUGAAAGGUUUAAAGUUAAAUUAGAAAUUGAGAAACCUGUGAG